AUAUGCUAAAAUAAUCAUUAAGCAACUCUAAUGGGAUUUGUGGUUAAUAAUGCUCUUAUCCCAUUUGCACUAUUAUUUAACAUCAUGGCUUAAACCUCAUUUUAGGAAACUACUAUAUGGGUCCGAUGGUCGGAUAUUAAAAUUUCCUAAGAAUUUUUGUAAUUUUUCCCCCAUAAUAUAGAAGCCUCAAUCUAUAUAAAAUGCCAAAAAAAAAUUAGAGAUGAAGGCUGAUAUUUUAUUGGGCUUGUUAUUAGUCCGAUUAGGUCAAAACGUCAAAAAGCUCUUGUUGGGUAAUAAACUAAUAAUAUACUAUCUUCUACCAAUUUGUUUGAGCAACAUCGUUUUGUCUGUGAUUGUAACUACUGGUCUUUAGGGUUUCUGUGUUGAAGAGAGAAAAGAUGGACUCUGGAUUAAGUAAUGAGAAUCCAGUUGUCUAUCUGAAGAAACAACGACGUCUUUGUACUGAUCGAAGCAACACCGAUGAGUUCUCAAGAGAACCAAUAAAUCAGCUCGAGAUUUUUGAUCAUAUAACAGAUAUCAAAGAUCCAGAGUAUCCUAUGCAGUCUCUGGAAGAUCUCCGUGUAGUUACAGAAGAAUCAGUUGAAGUUGAUGAUGACAAGAGUUAUGUUAGAAUUACAUUCAGACCAACUGUUCCACAUUGUCACUUGCCAAACUUAAUUGGUGUUUGCAUCUACGCAAAACUUCUAAAAAGCCUUCCUGCUCGAUUCAAGGUUGAUGUAAGAGUAGCACCAGGGAGUCAUGCAACAGAGGCUUCAGUCAAUAAACGAUUGGGAGAUAAAGAGCGUAUAGCGGCAGCACUUGAGAAUCCUGACUUUAUGAGUCUGUUCAACUAAUGCUUACAAGUUUGUGUAAUUUUGGAUCCGCAUAGGACUCUGUCUGUACGUUCUUGAUUCUUAAUUUGCUAAUAUUUUCAGAACUAGAGAGCCUCUUGUAAUCUUUUCUCUGUUUAUA